GAGAGACGUAGGCUCAUUGUAUUUCCCCCAAGAUGUCAUCAAGAGGACACAAGGGAGCCUUGUGGCUGAUUUUCUUUGCAUUUUUUGUUUCAGGUUGUGCGUCCAUUAGACGUGAGGAGGGUUCAGACGUGCAGUUGCCGUGUGAUGUUGCCGUCCCUAGUGAGUACGUGCUGGAGUGGAAGCGGGGCGCUCAGGUGAUUCUCCGGUACACCAGCACUUCAGGCGCCGCCGUGGUCCCAGCACAGAGCUUCGCCGGCAGAGUUUCCCUCGUUGGAGCUCAGAUGGACCUGGGUAUAACAUCUGUGAGAUGGACAGAUUCCGGACAGUUCUACUGCAGUGUGAGGAACCUGGCGACCUCUGACCCGCCUGUGACGUCAGCCAGACAAACAUUAACGGUUGACGGGAUGACUACGACGGAGAGUGAUGAUGUCAUCUCCAGACGGGGAGGUUCCCUGUGUGGUACAAGUGGAGUGCAACUGGUUACAGUAAUCCUGAUGACAGCAGCAUCAGGUGUGGGUGGGAUGCUGGCUGGGGCAGCACUAGCGCUGUUGUGUCGGGCCAUGUGCCGAAACUCAGGGCGCGAUGAUGAUUCCAGAGUUUUUCAUGCAGCUGAGGUAGACUUCUAGUUCAGUCUGGGAAGCAGCAGCAUGCAAUAUGUUCCAAAGGUUAAUUAGUAAUAAUAUAGUAAUAUAGAUAUCAAGGUCUUCAAUGGGACCUUCCCUCUUUCAAGAAUGCUAUGGUCAGUGUCUACAUUUCAGCAGCACAUUCAAGAGAUUCUAAGGUCGAUUUUAACUGAUUUUCAUUCCAUCUUGUUGUAUAUCAAAUCAACUUAUAUCAAGUUAUAUAGCAACAUACAAACGUCAGGUACGCCAUCAUUGAAUGAUGCAAAGUAUUUAAUACAAAUACAAGUACAUGUACAUGUAUGUUUUUCUCUCAUUUGAGCAGAUAAGAUUUUAGAACAAUAAUUUCUCAAGAACUGUAAAUUGAUUAAGGAUACUAGUAAUAAUGUACAUUGUAAUCUC